UCUAGUUGAGAAUGCGAAAUUGUUUGUGGUGGGAAUACGGGAUUACGUCGAACGUCGUUAGCGUUCGAAAUCUUCGCCCUUGACUCCACCCGAAUUCGAUGGAUUGACACAUUUCCGAUCAUAUCCCUGCACAUCACGGGAGCAUUUUCCUAACCCCCCCGUCACUGAUCACGUGUAUGACAGUCUGCCAGACUCUGUCAGUACUCGUGGAAGUGUGUGUGUAUGUGCGAUCUUUGAGUCCAGUUCGAUAUACUUUGGGAUAUUUUCUGUUUUGUGCUAAUACAUUCUAAGCGGAUAUAUAACUUGUGACCAUUCAAGAGGUGGCACUUAAAAGCCUUCCUUCCUCUCCCUUUUUGGAACAAAACAUGAGCUGCUGAGGCCGCGGCACUCCGCCGCUAUGCAGUUUCCUUCCACGUCGGCGGACCCCUGACUCAGAUUUGAUGAUAAUGAACUUGGUGAUGGAAGAAGUGGUCGGGCGCCUGCUGACCAAGCCCGUGGGGAACGUGGCCUCCCUGUCCAGCUUCCAGGGCGGAGGGCGCUCCCCCUGGUCAACGGAGUCCCUUCACCGCGACACCAAGCCGACCUUCUCCCUCAAGCUGGCGGGCGGGGGCCGGCAGAGCCCGCCGCCCUCCCUCUCCCCCCACCUGCCCUCAGUGGUGAAGGUGGAGCCCCGGCUCCCCAGCCCCUGCGAUCCCUUCAGCCCCAGCAAGAGGGUACGACUGGGCGGUGACGAGGGCUGGCUCCCAAGCCCCAACUCCAUCGACUCCCUGUCGCCGCCGCCUACCCACGCCACCAGCAAUGGGCACCACCACCACAACGGACUCUCGCCCACCUCCUCCACCUAUGACGCCUACUGUUCGCCAAAAGACAAAGAUGAGCUCAGUCCUCCGAGCAGUGUUAUGAAUGGCAGUUACGACUAUGACAAAAAGAAAAAAGGCCCCACCCCCCGACAGCAAGAAGAACUGUGCCUCGUCUGCGGAGACAGGGCAUCAGGAUACCACUACAAUGCUCUCACCUGUGAAGGCUGCAAAGGUUUUUUCAGGAGAAGUAUCACAAAAAAUGCCGUCUACCAGUGCAAAUAUGGCAACAACUGCGAAAUCGACAUGUACAUGCGGAGGAAAUGCCAAGAGUGCCGACUCAAGAAAUGCCUCAACGUCGGGAUGCGACCUGAAUGCGUGGUGCCAGAGUACCAGUGUGCCAUCAAGCGCGAGACGAAGAAAGCUCAGAAGGACAAGGACAAGCCAAACAGUACGACCCGGGACUCUGGGUCCGACAAAGAGGAACAGAAGGCUCUGGGUAGUCCCUCCAAUAACGAGGGUUCUUCCCCCCAGUCCAGGGUCAUCAGCAAGGCCCAGGAGGACCUUAUCAGCCGGCUGGUCGUCUUCCAGGAAGAGUAUGAGUCGCCUUCCGAGGAAGACUUCAAGAAGAUCACGGCCUUCCCCCUGGGUGACAGUGAAGAGGACAGUAUGAAACGGUUCCAGCACAUCACCGAGAUCACCAUCUUGACCGUCCAGCUCAUCGUAGAGUUCUCCAAGAGGGUGCCCGGAUUCGACACCCUGUCCAGGGAAGACCAGAUCACGCUGCUCAAGGCGUGUUCAAGCGAGGUGAUGAUGCUUCGGACGGCCCGCAAGUAUGACAUGAACACGGACUCAAUUGUGUUCGCCAACAACCAGCCCUACACGCGGGAGAACUACCGCAGCGCCUGCAUGGGUGACUCUGCCGACUCCAUCUUCCACUUCUGUCGCAACAUGUGCGUCCUCAAAGUUGACAACGCAGAGUACGCACUCCUCACGGCCAUCGUCAUCUUCUCCGAGAGGCCGUGCCUUCUGGAGCCAAAGAAAGUGGAGAAGAUCCAGGAGUUCUACAUCGAGACUCUGCGGGCGUACAUCGUUACCAAUAGGCCGCCAGGAAAGAACUAUUUUGCUCGUCUGCUUUCUACGCUGGUCGAGCUUCGUACGCUGGGCAACAUGAACUCCGAACUGUGCUUCAGCCUCAAGGUCCAGAACAAGAAGCUCCCAGCUUUCCUCGAAGAGAUCUGGGAUAUCCAGCAGUAGCCAGCCAUUCCACAGGUUGUGAUCGUCAGCUCCCAGUGGCUCUCAGCGCACAAAUUCGGCCACGGACUCUUCUCUUGGGAGCUGUCUUCUAUAUUUUUGUAAAAAACAAACUUUACGGAGCACGUGCAGUAAACGGAUUCUUCGCCAGAAUCGAAGAGGAGCCUCUAUGUACCUGUUCAGUGACUCGUUUUCUUCAUCCCUCCUUGUAUUAUAUCAUUUGUGUUUCUGGAAAACAUGAAUUCCCCCUUCCCCCACGGUUGUAACUAGUUUCACAUGACGACAAUGAGAGCCUGCCCCCCCCCCCCCUUUAUGGUCAGUACUGCUCAAAACAAAUUUUGCAUCAAUCUCUUGCCGGUCAGCCAUCUCCGAUUUGGUUUUCUAAAUUUGUUCAUGAACGCAAUAUCUUUAUGAACACUUAUUACGAUUUAAUUGAUGCAGCUGAUAUUUCCUUAAUAGAAAGAGAACUAUGGAGCCAAGAUGAUCGAUCACAAGCAAAUACCUAAUACAAGAGUUGGCCUACGUUGACUAGAUCAUCUUGUCGAUGGCUCGACUGUGCAACUUGGAUACUCGGGGUUGAAUCAAAAUUUGUUUUGAGCCGCUACAUUCUUGUUACGCGAAAUGCUGUUAUCGGUGUCAAUGUUUAUUUAAUAAUAGAUUUUAAAAUGUGUUUAAAAGGUGCCACAUUUUAUCACGAAAAGAAUUAUUCUGGGACCAGAGAAAAAAGAUUGUUGAAAUAUUUGCUCGAAUGUAUCCUAUCGGGAUGAAAUAUAAAUUUUAUCGCUAGAUUUUCCUAAUUGUACAAAAAGAAACCCUAAAGAACAUUUAAUACUAAAAAUGUAUUUAACUAUUUGUAAUUAUGUGUUGUUGGUUAAUGGAAUAGUUACUUGUAAAUAUGCCACACAUCUCACGAAAUUCACGUUCACAUGUGUACAAAUGUAUUCCUUUCAUGAACUAAUUACGGUACAAACGCGUCUGAAUAUGAAUUCAUGUUUUUUUUUGCAUAAAAUGUUUUAUUUUUUCAUCAUCUUUUGUUAUUGGAAAUGAAUAUCAUUAAGGGCCGUGUUCAGUUUUUUAAAAUUGAAUAAUUAUAAUCGAACAUAGCUUAGCAUUAUUUGACUUCAGUGGAGUGAAAUCUAGAUAGCGGCUGUUGUGAUGGAACGAAAUCGUAAUAAGGGGGGAGCGGGUGCUAUUCUUAUUUUCUGGCGUUUGUAUUUGUAAAACAAGUAAAUUCCUAAUCUUUAAAUGAAAGUAGAUUUUUGCAGACGGAAUGCAAGAUGCAAAAUGAAACGUUUGCUUCCAUUUCUUUCAGUCGCUAACAUCCGAUUUCCUCUAUUCGGUGAAAAUCAGUAUCCCUAAAGCAGCUGAAAUUUAAGUCAAACUAUUUCUAUUCCGUCAAGUUUCACUUCUGCCUGCUUAUUCUGAAAUCUCAUCAUCCAGGAAAAUUAUUUCUCACAUGUUAAUAGUCCCAUUUUUUCUAUGAAUUUCGACAAGUCCACCCUUUUUGAGGUUGUGAGACUUAUACUUCCUACCUAAUUAAUCAACUUUUAAAUGUCCAUAGUAGUCAGCUGUUUUACAGCAUCUGAUGAUGUAGUAUAUUAGUGAGACUGGGAAGUAUAUUUACCACUAAAUACAAAUAACGCGGGAAAGCGUGCCUCGCUCGCCCUGUCCCCAUAUAAAAAAAAAAAGUUGAUAAAAAUCAAAUUUUUCCUUAAUGACUGAAAUUAAUUUGUUUUCUGAAGUAAUAUCAAUUUUUAAAACAAUACUAACCUAACCUCAAAUAGAAAAAAAUUGUCAUUUUUAAAAGUUAAAAUACUUAUGAAUCCCAGGAAAACAAGUGAAAUAAUCUUCAACUGGUCGUAGAAUUAAAUGUAUUGCAGUUAUUACGAACCGAGAGCAAUCUCGUGUACAUAUUAUGUGUAUAUACUGCUGACACUAUAGCGGAUCACUUAGGCCAAUUUUACAAAAAAGAAAGAAAAGGGGAGUUGGUAUUUAUCAAAAGGACAGCAGUAAGAUUCUUGGUGCAAGUCCUCCAGUCCCUGGCAAAUAAAAUCAAAAUGAAAUAGUUCAGAAUAAAAUGGCGUCUUGCUCAAAGCUUAGCCGCUUUUCAUUCGAAGGGAGUGGAAAAAAAAGCACUCACUGCCACAAAAUAUGUUGAUGCAGUUUGGUCCAUCUGUUUCGAAUCUCAUACGGAUUCCACACCCCAAGCAAAAGGUGCUAAACUCUUCUGGCUGAAAUUUUGGUGCUUUCUGGAAACCCAUUCUCAAACGGGGGUUGAAGUUAUGCAGCAUUCUAUCAUAUUCCCUAAACUUUUUUACUCCAAAAGAGUGCAGCAUUUCCACACUUACCAUCCUCUUCCUAGAUUUCCAAUUUUAACUUAUAACUUGCGUUGCCAAAAAUUGACUUAUAAAUGCAACAGAUUCGCGUAGAAAUUGCAUCAAGUUCAAGUAAUUUAUUUGUUUUUUCCCCCACUAUAAUUAGUUUAAAGAGACCUUUUCUGUAACAUUAAAAUUUGAUAAUAAUAAAACAUACCAGCUGUGAUUUCCGCAUUGACUGGAAAACUCAUAAACAAGCUUGUAACUGAAAAUUCAUUCUUUUUCUCGUCAAAAUAUGUUUAAAUAAAAAUUGUUCGGUAUUUAUUUGAAACAAAUUUACUAAAGCUAUAUUAGCUGUGGCAUUGGCCUCCACAGUAUAGCAGCUCGUGCUUGGUUCCUCAAUUUUGAUCAUGCUCUGAAAUCAGUAAGAGAUCAUAUAUGUUUGUCAUUAAACAAGUAAUAUUUGAUCCAUUCUCAAUUAUAACAUCAAGGGCAAAAAAAAAUUGUUUUACUCAGUAAAAAAAAUCGUUGUGGAUACAUAUUUCUCUGAAAACCAAAUUGCUGGUAACUUCAAACCCUACUCAUAGAAUGAAUGCGUUAAGGGGCCUUAUCAUUUACGGCACAUAAGGAUUUCUUAACCUUUAGUGUGUGGUGUCAGGGGUGAAUGCUCCUCCCUCAUCUUUUUCGGCAAUAAUACACUAAGAGAAACUUUGAAUUCUAUCCUAUGGAUACCUCAUUCAAACCAUUGAGUAAAGAAGAGAGGCUCUGACAUUGGUGGGCUCUAAAGGCAGCUCGCAACGUUCGACCCGUGUAAUAAUUAACUACUCACCCAAGAUGUUUCGCGCAGGGUUUCAACCGCACAGCAUUAUCAGCACUAAAUAAGAAAAUCAGCUAAAUUGCGUAGAACACCAUUCUUUCACAUACGGAACCACGCAGAAAUCAGCUUACGAUUCUGUAAUAUUUUCAAACUUGACUGUCAGUAUUUAUUUACACAAUGUUUAUCCUGCGAUCUUGACAAGUUUAUACUAAAGCCCUGUAUCAGAGUUUAAAGGUAGCGACAACUCCGCCAUCUUGGGGCUAAAUGCAUUUUUUCCCCCAUGUUCGCCGGGAUGAAAUAGCGUGUUUUGCUUUUUGAUUGUGAUUUCUUAUUGACUUCAUGUCAAACUACAGUCAAGAAACACUACAAUCUAGAAUCAAAACACCCUACUUCAUUAUAGCAGGCAUAGGAAGAAAGCGACCUUUAGCCCCAAGAUGGCGGGUGUGUUGCUACUUAAGCUAGAGUUUUAGUUAACAGCAACAUAAAGAAAUCUCAAUUUCCAACGUCUCAUAAAGCAACAUAUAUUCAUUUAAGACCCCCUACGCAGUGUGAUGAGCCUCUACUUGUUACUCCAUGCAUAGUUGCUAGCUAGAAUUAUUUAACAUGUAAAUGUCAUUCUUUAAAUUCUCACGAGGAAUUAGAGUUGCACAUUAACUUUUUAGUGAAGUGAACUCUCAAUAAAAUCAAAUUCAUAAAAUCCAAAGCAGGCUGGGAAUGUUAAACUUGCAGCAACAGUUUUCUUCCCCCCCUUCCAAACCACCGCAUGUGUGUGUGUGUGUGUGUAGAAAGUGAUUGUGCAUUUAAUAAGCAUAUUACCUCAAGUGGCAUAAAAUAUUCAUCUGUUACGUUUUUCAUGUUUGUACAAACGUUGUCAUUUUAUUAGCAAACAAUACCAGAUUUUAGGCUCAGUUGGAAACGUGUUUUUGUUGAAUUUCCUCCGGUUAUGGUUCAUGUUAAAAAUCCAUUGUUUUAGAUGAAAUGAAAAUAUGUGAAAUACAUAUUGCCUCUCCUCUUAGCAUAAAGUAGUACUUAGCUGUACAUUUAAAAUACUUUCGUUUUUAAUGAAUUGUGGAAUAAGAAGAGGAAAAUGUAAAAUGUAUGCCGUCAACAACCGCAAGUUCCUUCCGUUGCUCUUAUUGAACCUGAUACGUCCUCUCGACUUGAAGAAGUUGAUCCCCCACACGUGUCGGGCACACUCUUAUCUUCUGCGUUUCGAAAAUAAAAAGAAUAUUCUAAAACAAAAUCUAUGUUCAAAUUUUUAAAGUUACUAUUGUAAAAGUAGUUUUAAUUGCAACUCAUGGAUUCACCCACACCCACUGUACUUUAGCCCAAUGAACUACACAGCCCACGAAAUCAUUUCGCGAGGCUCUUAAAGUUGGGUACAAAUAUUAAGAUAUUAAUUUAUUGUAUAUUUGUGGCAAAAUAGCAAUAAACUGUUAAAAGGGAAAAACUAUUGCACCAUCCACUUCAAAACUUUAGUAAUUGAAAGAUUUUAGUGUUUUAAAAAUUAUCAUAAUAACUGAGUAUUUGUGUUUAUUUUAACUACUUAAAACUAUAAUGUUCUUGAUUUGAAUAAAAAAAUUCCACAAUAAUAUUGUCUUCUAGUAAUGCAUUAGAAUAAACAGUCGUAGGGGUUCAAAAAAAAAAAAAAACAUUUCGGGCAGCCUCUAGUUCACUUCUCUACCAGAUGUUGACCCUCGAAAAGAUUCUAGUGGGUACUAGAGGUGUAAUCCACUCAAAAAACGCACUUUACUGAUACAGCUACUUGACAGUGGCCCGGUUGUUGACAGCACUCUCUUUUUAAAAAACUCUUAUCUUCCGUAAUGAGCGCCAGGGAUGGCUAAACACAGCACUCUGGGGCCUAAUAUUUAUUAUGUUACCGAUUGGUAGCGCAACGAUGUGAUAUUUGUUAAUGGUACUUGAUGCGCCUUACAAAGACUGUUACAUGGUGAUGGUUUUUAUUUGUAAUAUAGCUUCUUCUCUCCCUUCCUCUACGAAUUUUGAAAAAAGGAUGGGGCACUGUCCCACUUUUUGGGUGCACGGGGAAUGUGUAUUAUAGAUGCAUUGUACAAAUACGUAGGAUAUUUAUAUUAUGUAUGACUUGCCCAUAUAUAUAUAUAUAUAUAUGUAUUUAUAUAUAUGUAUAUAUAUGCGAGAUGUGUCUGCGUAUGUAGUCUGUGGAAGACUUUCGUUUGUUACAGCUCAUGUCGAAGGAUACAUGUGACACUGCAUAGCUCCCAAUUACUACAGGUGGAUCUGCAAUUACUGUAAUUAAAACUCGUUGUAGAUUAGUUAUUCCACCUUAUAUAUGAAACAUUUGAGUUUACUAUUGAGAAAUUUGACUUUGCUACUUUGCAAUGUUUUUGCUAUUGCGCUUGUGUACAUUGUCCCCAGAACUUGAAAUGAAAAUAUCUGAAUGACAAAUUUAAGAAAAAAUAAAAUGUAAAAGCUACAUUUUCCCCCCUUUAGGUUUACUAGGAGACUUUUUAUGUCUUGCACUAUUAUUUAUGAAUGAUAAUUCGAUCUCCUAAUAAAUAGAAAAUAAUUUUCGCAAUGUUUCCUAAAAACAGUAGACAAAAUAUCCAAUCAUCUUCGCAUUUCGGAAUGUUAAAUGUUUAACAAAAUAAACUACCUUAGUUAUCCCUUGAAUCCAAACUCUCUUCGAUAAUCCGUUUUUUUUUUUCUAUGAAACAUAGAAUCGGCGUUAAGGAUCGACUUGUCUGAGCGGCAGCUAUGCAGUGAACAAAGGACUUCGUAAAGUGAUGUAUUUGUUGAACCCAGUGAAAAAGUUUCUUUUAUCUCCUGUAUGUCAUGAAAGAAGUGUCCUUAACAGAUUUUAUCAUGAAAUCUUCAAAAGCAAUGCUCGAUGGGAGAUCGAUAGCGGUGGAGAUUUGGAUGAGCUAUUGCCAAGUCGGCUUUUUCGAAGUAGAUGCGCUCGCAGCAAUAGAAAUAUGUAAAAACUACCCGACUUGACAAUCUUUAAUCCUAAUGUCCCCGCGAAAUGUAGAUGCACCCUGCAGACGCUACGUUCAGUUCUUUUGUACUGUUUAGCCAUCAGACUGUACAUUUCAUAUGAGCACUGAGUUACUACCACUGUCUGAAAGUACGUAGAUACACACGGUCGGGAUGCUUAUUAUUGUACAGAAAAUGGAUGGAUCUUACAUUGUCUAUAUUUUUAAAAAUUAAAAUUGGCCAGAUUUA